UUCUUUUCCUUUUUGUCAUAGCUCCUGUAACUUCACUCUCAGAACCAAACAUCGGCUAGCUCAUCGGAUAUCACUUCUAUAACCAUAUUUUGAAUUAAAAUUCUUUCUGUGUUGCGUGAAAUUAGCUUUUUUAUAGAAAUCUUUUAAUUUCAAUGUAGCCGAUCGUUUUGAUUGGGUCUUUCCACAAUGAAGUUUAUGAUAAGUAUAUUCCUGACGAUUCUAAAUGUUCUAGAUGUCAAAAGUCAAGAAACAACACACAAAGCAGAAAUACAAAGUAUAAUAAAUGAUACCCGAAGAAUUAUUAAUGGACUAGAAGUUACAGAUAACAGACCGUACAUGGUGUACCUUAAACUUCCUCGAAGCAAUGUAAAACAACCAAAUUACAAAACAUGGUUGUGCGGUGGUGUCAUCAUACAUGAAGAAUAUAUUUUAACAUCCGCAGCGUGCAUUGAGGACGCUGAACAUUUCUAUAUAGUCUCGGGAACGUACAAAUAUGACGAUGAGGAUGACAGAUACAACAAUCAAUGUAUUAAAAAUGGAGCAAAGAAAGCCAUUUGGAAAUGUAUACCCAAAAACUAUGUAUUCGACGGACACGAGAAUGACAACAUCAGAUGGAUGAACAACGAUAUAGCAGUAGUGAAGAUAGAAGAUGGUUUCGACUUCACUAGAAGAAUUAGAGGUUGCGAUUUUACACCUAAACCCAUUUGUUAUAACAAUCAAAGUCAAACUUUGGAAAAUCCUGGAACAAUCGUCUCUGUAGCUGGAUGGGGUACGACAGUAAGGUAUAAUGAUUGGGUAAAUAGAAGGAAAGAUAACCAACAGAACUUGCUAGAAGCACAAGUGGAAAUAAUCCCCAAAAACAGAUGCAAACGGCGCUGGGGUUCGCGAUACCAUAACAUUAUCGACAACUACAUGAUUUGCAGCAAAGACAUUGGACAGACCAUGUCUGAAAUCUGUAAUGAGAAAUAUGUAGAUUGUCAAGAUAUCAAUUAUUCGGAUGAAGAGGAAACUAACAGACGUGUAAAUUCAGUAAGGGUUCCAACUAAUCUUGUGAUGCAUUCUGCAUAUCACAAUGAAUCAAUUGUUAAUAUCAUUGAAAAUAAUAAUAGUAGCAGAAGAAGUGGACCCUUAGCCGAUGGAGGUUUUUGUGAGAACGAUCAUGGAGGACCGCUGGUGUAUGGUUCUGGAGUGAAUUCCAUCGUCAUUGGCGUCAUCUCAGCCUGCCUUGUCAAGGAAAGGUCGAACAAGUGUUACGGACCAUUCCUUUACACCAGUUUGUUCAAGAACAGGCAGUUUAUAUCGUGUGCCAUUUACAAAGAUGUUGAGCCCAAAUGUCGGAGACAGUUCAGAUCAGGCGUUACACACGAAGAAAAGGUGUUUUCAUGGGUGGAUCAUCCAGACGGGCCAGCGAAAAAUGAGUUAUCUCCAGAAAAAUUAAAAGAAUUGAAAUCUUCGAAAAAGGCGAAAGAUAAAGCUAGUGCACCAACGGAUGCAGCAGCGACACCGUCAUUUAUGCCAGUUGUAAGAGCUCAUGAACAACCAGAAUCAUCAACCAAAUUGGACAAGGUUUUCGCAGAGAGCAUGAAACCCAUUCUACGCAUGCUGAAUAACACAGAAGAAAUGGAAACGACGAAUCAAACAACAAAUCUAUAAUUUAAUUCUAUAUUAAUGAUUAAUUAAUAAAGUAAAUUUGACAUAA